GUCGAAGGCAUUGACAAAUCACCCACGAUGAUUGACUUCAGUCGGAAAAAUGUGCCUAGCGGCAAAUUCCAUAUCGCGGACAUGUGUACCUAUGAGCGUCCCAUCGGAAGCCAGGACCUGGACGCCAUUUUCAAUGUUCGCGCUCUUUUCCGGGAAACUCGGGCUGAAAUUGAAACGUGCGUUGGGAACUGGGCAAAGUGGCUGAAACCACAGGGUCUCCUAUGCGUGGUUGUCCUGGCCGCCGAUGACUAUAACCCUGCCAAGAUCGAACACUACGAGAGCGAUGGUCAUUGUGCAAGGGUCAAACGACGAUUCAUGGGUAAUGACGAGCACUGUGUCCUCUUUUCUCGCACGGGUUGGGAACAUCUCUUGCAAGUCAACGGUCUUGAGGUCUUGGAUGAAAAGAUGGAGCUUUUUGUGCCGCCAGAAGAGGCCGAUUCGGACGAGGCAGCGCAGUAUUGUUUCGUGGCUCGGAAAUUGUAGCAAUAAUGACCACCAAUUGCAUGUCC